UGCUCUAUAAACACUCUCUCUCCUUCAGAAACCAUGUCGGACGUGGACAAGUUCCUGUAUGUGGACCGCAACCUGGUCAACAACCCGCUGGCGCAGGCCGACUGGGCCACCAAGAAGCUGGUGUGGGUGCCUUCAGAGCGUCUGGGGUUCGAGGCGGGCUCACUUAAGGAGGAGCAUGGGGACGAGGUGGUGGUGGAGCUGGCCGACUCAGGGAAGAAGAUCCGGGUUAACAAGGACGACAUCCAGAAGAUGAACCCACCCAAAUUCAGCAAGGUGGAGGACAUGGCGGAGCUGACCUGCCUGAACGAGGCCUCGGUGCUGCACAACCUGAAGGAGAGAUACUACUCCGGACUCAUAUACACGUACUCGGGUCUGUUCUGCGUGGUCAUCAACCCCUACAAGAACCUGCCCAUCUACUCAGAGGAGAUCGUGGACAUGUACAAGGGCAAGAAACGCCACGAGAUGCCACCGCACAUCUACGCCAUCACAGACACGGCCUACAGGAGCAUGAUGCAGGACCGUGAGGACCAAUCGAUUCUCUGCACGUGAGUCAUAUGAUCCAGCAUGUGUGAUAAAUUAUAGCUGUGAUUCAUUU